AAAAUGUUUUGAAGAAGCUAACUGAAGGUCUGGAAUUAGGUCAGCAUUCUGCGGAAGAAGUUGACGACGGCAACGUUCAAGGAGAUCAAGAAAACCUCUGAACACUCACAAUACCAUCCCGUUAAUAAAAACAAGUCUCUCUCUUUCUCUCUUCUUCGUUGCCCGGUGUUUGACUUUCAGUUGCCCUUUUCCUAUUGUUGUGCAGACGGUUGAUGUUUGAUAUAGAAGUGCACCUAAACACAUGGGGACAAGCAGUUUUCUAUGGAACUGUACUAAAAAGUUUAUCUCAGCCGGGAUUGUCACUGUGACUGUGACUGAUCUUUUUGUGACAGUUAUUCCAGUUCGAGGUGGAUCUAUGUCUCCCACAUUUAAUCCUAAAGCCGGUUCUCUGAUGGGAGGUGUUUUUGAUGACUAUGUUUUGGUUGAGAAAUUUUGCCUUCAUAGCUACAAGUUUUCACAUGGCGAUGUGGUGGUCUUUCGCUCCCCACAAAAUCGCAAGGAGACACACGUAAAGAGAAUAGCUGCAUUACCUGGUGAAUGGUUUGGCACUCAUCAGAAGAAUGAUGUGAUUCAGAUUCCAUUAGGACAUUGUUGGGUUGAAGGAGACAACACAGCUUCUAGCCUGGAUUCAAAUUCAUUUGGACCAAUUCCUUUGGGCAUAAUUCGGGGAAGGGUUACCCAUGUUGUGUGGCCUCCUCAAAGAAUAGGAGCUGUCAAGAAUACUCCACCACAGUUGGAUCGACUACAGGAAUAACGCUAUAUUGUCUUUUUUGUAUAGUUGGAUCCCAACUCUAUUGUUUGGCCUCCUCAAAUAAUAGGUGUGAAAGAACUACUUCAGAAGUGUUAUCUUCUGAUAUCUGACGUUGUUUCCUUGGAUGGGGAAAACCAUUCUUUAUUUUAUUUUUCUCAGUGGAAAGGAUAGUUACUUACCUUAGUUACCUAUUUGUUGAUUGGAUUGUUAGUGUAAACCCUGAAUCCCUCAAAUGCUGGUUACAUUGUAAGCGAGCUAAACCUAAAAGGUUACAUAUAAGAUGAAUGAUAUAUGAUAUCUUAAAGCAGAAAA